AUAAUAGUUAAUUCAAAGCCGUACUUACGUACGCAUCAAAUUGUACGGCUUCCCGCCUUUGUACCAAUGUCCAUUGAGAAAAAAAAAAUAAGUAGCUGUCAGAAGCCGCGGUAAUUAAUUUUAAAAUGUAAAUCGAGUGUUUGCGCGCGAAAAGUAAACAUUCGAAAUUGCGUUACAGAUUAAAUAAAAAAAUUGACCAAGGAGGUUUAGUGAAAAAGGUUGUGUGGUAAAUUUAAUAUGAAGAUUAUUGUUGGAUUACUUCUGGUUAUCAGCGGCAUAACGCUAGGUGAUGAUAUCCUACGCAACGACUUCGAUGGUCCAGCAGCUGACGGUUCAUAUAGAUGGGCUCUGCAAACUGAAGGAGGUAUCUACCACGAGCAGAGAGGCUCCCUUCAGCCCAGUGCGUCCGGGGAGCCUGCGCUGGUGGUUGAGGGACAAUACCAGUACACCGCGCCUGAUGGACAGGUAAUACACGUGUUGUAUCGAGCCGACGAGUAUGGUUUCCAUCCAAUCGGAAAGCACAUUCCAUCCUCACUAGAUUCACAGCCGCGUCAUUUUUAGCAAUGGCAACUGUUUAGCUGCAAUCCAAAUGUCAUUUACAUAAUACAGAUAAAUUAUGAAGAAAACUGGCCGCGCCGCGCUGUUUCAUCUGUGGACGAAGCCCCGGGCAAUAGCAAGUAAUUAUGUAUACUCAUAUAGAUAGCUUAUGUGUUAUUCUCAAUUCAAAUGUAUUAGCUAUAUUAUGGUAAAGUUUCAUUAAAAACUAUUCAGCAGUAUUUAUGUGAAAGAGUAACAAAUAAACAUCAGAAUAAGACAAGAGCUAUAGAAAUACUUGCUGUU